AUGGACCCAGUUCUACAAGAGGCAGAUGUCGCAACCUUCGGCAAUGAAAGUGGACUCGAUGGCAAUAACGAUGAAGACAUUGUCUCCGAUGCCGAUUCGGAUGAGAUGGAACUUCGAGGAGAUAUCGCAAAGUUUGAUCAGUCUGUCCGAGAAUUCCUCUCUUCUCAUCACGGUGGUGGAACAGGAUGCGGCGGUGAUGAUGGUGAAGGCGACAUCGGAAGGCCUCCUCCAGUCCCAAAGAGCAAGAACACAACGCGAGGUGGCGUUCGUGGACCCAGAAAGGCUGCUGAGCCUCGAGGCGAUAUCAAGCUUCGUCUCGCAGGAGUCAACCAGGCUUUCAUGAGCGGCGAUUAUGCCCGUGCUCAGAACCUCGUCUUUGAGAUCAUCAGAAUCAAUGCCGAAACCCACCAAGCCUGGACCGUCUUGGCCUCCAUAUUCAGAGAGGAGGGCCUCAACGAUAAAGCCUUGAUGGCUAUGGUCAUCGCCGCUCAUCUGCGGCCCAAGGACUUUGCAGCCUGGAUGAAUUGUGCGUCAUUUGCCAUGAACCUUGCCGAAGCUGGCCAGGAGGGCGCCCUCAAGACAGCACUCAUGUGUUAUUCAUCUGCAAUCAAAGCUCAGCCGGCCAAUCUCGAUGCAAGAUUGGGUAGAGCUGAAGCAAGCCAUCGCCAAGGUUUCUUUUCGCAAGCCAUUACCGAAUUCUCCCAUGUCAUCGAACGUCGCCCGCUGGACAUAGAUGUCGUUAGGAGGUUGGCUGAGGCCUGCGCCGACUCCGGUGGUAUGGAUGAUGUCCAGAAGGCUGUUUCUGCAUACAAAACAUACUUUGCGCAUGCACGAGCAGCGGAUCGUGCUGCAGAGAGAGAGCUUUCGUGGCAUGACGUCAGCAUAUACGUUGAACUCUUUGCUUGCGCCGGAGACUUUACAACCGCUAUUACGGAGCUCAAGUCACUUUCGCGUUGGCUACUUGGACGCCAGGAUGAUCACAAGUGGAAUGAUUGCGUCGAUGACAGGGAAUGGGAUCGUGACGACACGCGCCGUGCUCACUUGCUUUCAACCGAAACUUCUACAUACAAUCCGUAUGCAUAUGGCCUAGGGCUGCCUCUGGAGUUCAGGGCUCGUCUUGCCUUGUACCGACUGAAGAUCCGAGAUGAAGAAGAAUCGAACAGGCACCUUCAAUGGCUAGAUCCAACCGAAUCUGCCACAGCUACCGCCGUUGAAGAUUUCCCUUAUCUGAUUCGUGAUAUUGCGGACGAGCUCUUUGCCGUCCAGCGGUAUUCCGAGGCGCUCGACUACUACGAACUUCUUCGGCAUUCCAUCUACGGUCAAGAUGCCACCUUACUGUUGCAUCUUGGGCGCUGCUACCUGACAAAAUCGGAUCUGGUUGCGGCUGAAGAUUGCUUUCUGGUAGCCAUUGAGGUCGACGAGAGUAACAUUGAUGCCCGCAUCGAGUUGGCCAGGAUUUACGAAAAAGCAAAGGAAGAAGAGGAAGCUCUCAUUCUUGUCACUGAAGCCAUUGCUCUUCAAGGCAUCAGCGACGAUAGUGACCAGUUUGGCGAUGGCAGGGGAGAUCCGGGAGGCAAUCUCGAUCGGUCUGCUCCAGGGGUUCGCGCUUCAACCUUGGGAAAUGGCAACAAACCUCGACGCAAGCGGGAGACCAAGCGUGGACCGGCUAGCAGCAGAAUCGUUCGGCCAAGAUACCGGCCCAAGAGACUGAUUGCUCCGGAUCAGCGCAUGCAGGAAGAACGUGCGCGGGCCGAUGAACUCACCAGGCGCUACGAAGUUGUGCGUAACCUGAAGAAGGAAAUACAGGCAGGUGACCACUCAUUGAUAGCAACUUGGAUGACCGCUGCUGGCGAACUGGUGGGCGAGUUCAGGUCUUUCAGAAAAUUCUAUCCUUGGGACAAAUACCUCAAAUUCCUUGGCGCUGCCAAUGAUGUCGUUUUUAGCGCCUCAUCUAGAACGCAGCCAGUUCUCUCCGAGUUAGCGGAAAGACUCUCAAAAAGUAUG